AUGCCAAAGGAAAAGAAAAACAAAAAGUAUAUCACGUGUCACAAUGCCUGUGGAAAUGAGAGCUUGUUUCGCUCUGCAGAAAUGAGCUUAAUUCAACUUUUCAUUCCUUCCGAAGUGGCACAUGCAACCGUAACCGAAUUGGGUCAAUUGGGAAACGUUCAAUUCAAAGAUUUAAAUCCGGAUGUGACACCAUUUCAACGUUCUUUCGUUUCUGACAUUCGUAGAAUUGAUGAAAUGGAACGCAGAAUUCGAUUCUUGUAUAAUCAAAUGGAGAAAGAAUCCGUCCCUGUUCGACCUUUGGAAUCCGCUUUGCCUUUUGUCAAUUUAUCCAAUCAAGAUAAUCAACGUGGUCCACAAUUGAUCGAAGAUCUUUCUGUUAGACUUCGUGAACACGAAGAACGCUUAGCACAAAUGAAUGACAGUUAUGAUCAACUGCAAAAACGCUUAUUGGAGCUGGAAGAAGCCCGACAUGUAUUACGCGAAACUGCCGUAUUUUUCGAACAAGCAGAAGGAAGGCAUGAAGCAACACGAUCUUCCUUCGAAGAUGAUGCCAAUGCACCAUUAUUGGACGACGUUGAAGCUCGUGGUUUGAGUUCACAAAGAGAAGAAGGCGGAAGCUAUGGAACAAUCGAUCUCGAAUUCGUCGCCGGAACAAUUGAUCGAACCCGAAUGGCAACAUUUGAACGUAUCCUUUGGCGUGUUCUACGAGGCAAUCUGUACAUGAACUAUGCAGAAAUCGAAGAACCAUUCAAUGAUCCUACAAAGGAAGAACCAAUCCGUAAGAACGUCUUUAUCAUCUUUGCUCAUGGUAAUGAACUUUUGACCAAGAUUCGCAAGAUUAGCGAGAGUAUGGGUGGCACACUCUACCCGAUCGAUAGCAACGCUGAUAAGCGAGAAGAAAGCUUACGUGAGGUCACGGAUCGCAUCGAAGAUCUUAACAAUGUCCUAUACUCUACCAGCGCUACCCGUAGAACAGAAUUGGUGAAAGUUGCUGAAACUUUGAGCGCAUGGUCUGAUGUAACAAGGAAGGAGAAGCUCAUCUUCGGCACGAUGAAUUUGUUUAAUUACGAUCCUAAUCGUAAAACUCUUAUUGCAGAAGGAUGGUGCCCGACUUCUGGUCUGGGGUCGAUUCACCUUGCUUUAGAACGUGCUACCGAACAAUCUGGUACUUCUGUUUCAGCUGUUUUGCAAGUUUUGAAGACGAGUGAAAAGCCACCAACUUAUCAUCUAACAAACAAAUUCUCAAGCGGCUUCCAAUCCCUGAUCGACGCAUACGGAGUCGCUACUUAUCAAGAAGUCAAUCCCGGUCUUUUCACUGUCAUCACGUUCCCUUUCUUGUUCGCUGUCAUGUUUGGUGAUAUCGGUCACGGCUUUAUCAUGUUCUUGUCUGCUUUGGCCAUGAUCAUGUACGAGAAAAAGCUGGCUAAGGGCUUGGACGAGAUCACGGGAAUGUUCUUUUACGGUCGUUACAUCAUUCUAAUGAUGGGAAUGUUUUCCAUUUUUACCGGUCUGAUGUACAACGACAUCUUUUCAAAGUCUAUGCACCUUUUCAAAUCCGGAUGGGAUUGGCCGAAAGAUUCAAAUAGCAAAGACCUAAAGGCGAUUUCCAACGGAGGUGUUUAUCCAAUCGGUUUGGACCCAUUGUGGCAUGGAGCGAACAAUCAACUGCUCUUUACAAACUCGCUCAAGAUGAAAAUGUCUGUCAUUUUGGGAGUAUUGCACAUGUCUUUCUCCUUGUGCUUGGUGAUCCCCAAUUCAAUUCACUUUAAGAAGCCGGUGAUGUUCUUUGGUGAAUUCUUACCCAAGAUGAUCUUUUUGCAAUCAAUCUUUGGUUACUUGGUAUUCACUAUCAUUUACAAGUGGAGCAUCGAUUGGUACGAAACUGAUGCAAAUGGAACAGUCUUCCGCAAUAAUCCACCAGGACUGCUCAACAUGCUUAUCUAUAUGUUCCUUAAACCAGGACAGGUUGAAAAAGGUCAAGAGUUGUUCCCACUGCAAGGUUUAGUACAAUCCUUACUUUUACUGAUCGCAUUUGUGUGUAUUCCAUGGAUGUUGGCCGUCAAACCGUACGCCGAAUACAAAGAACACCAACAACGUCAAGGUCAAGGUUAUCAUGCUGUAGGCAACGAAGGCGCUGAACGUCCUGACCUCUACCGCGAUGAAGAGGAUGAAGAUGAAGGCGAAGGGCAUACCGUUCAACAAAGUAGUAAUCACGGUCAAGGAAACGGAAAUGCACAUGGAGGAGAUGAUGAACACGGAGAAUUCGUUUUGGGUGAAGUGAUCAUUCAUCAAGUAAUCGAAACGAUUGAAUUCGUUUUGGGUACAAUCUCUCAAACUGCCAGUUAUCUUCGUCUGUGGGCAUUAAGUUUAGCCCAUGCUCAAUUAAGCGAAGUUGCAUGGACGAUGACGAUCAACAAUGUUUUUGGAAUUGGAGGUAUCACAGGGGUGAUUGCCGCCGUUCUUGGCUUUGCUGUUUGGAUUUCACUCAGUAUUGCCGUUUUGGUUUUGAUGGAAGGAUUGAGUGCAUUCUUGCAUGCAUUACGUUUGCAUUGGGUUGAAGGAUGCUCUAAACAUUACAUGGCAACAGGAUACGCAUUCCGUCCUUUGACGUUUGAACAAGAAGAAUAA